AUGGAAUCUAUGGGAUCCAAAUUAUCACCUGGGGCUCAGCAACUCCUGGAUAUGGUUGUAUUUCAACAGAAGGUAAGUUAUUAUCCUUUAUUUGAAGUUAUAUAUGAAAUGACUAUUAUCAGUGGUGAAUGAGGUGGAGAACGGACAUGGGUUCCCUGUGAGGGAUGUAUGGCAUUUGUGUACUGAGACAAAUCGUAUGAAUGCACUUAGUGGGAUUUCAGCCAAUAAGGGCUGAUAUUCUCACUGCCUGGAGCGAGGGCAAGAUUUGCCUUCUAGAUUUCAGCUGUAGAACUAAGCUAGAAUAGACAACAACAUAGGCAGCCCUUAUGUAACCAGCCAGAUGAACAGAGCAAACUCCUUACAGUGGACUGGGGAGAGGAGAUGUGGGGUUAAGCAAGGUGUCCGUUUGUACCCAGCUCUCCUAGCUCCAUCCACUUCCCACCAGCUGCCGCCAAUGAAGUGAUGCAAGGGGCAUUCAGUUGGCACCAACCUCUCUCCCCCCCAGAACAUGUGGGCGGGAGGGCCACUGGCAGAAAGCAGUGGAAAGCCCCUAAAGGAUGUAUUCCUAAGAUGAGGAUGGGGUAGGAUUGUGUUGGGGCAAGAUUCCGCUGCUGUCAUACAAAAGCAUCAGACUUGUCCUGUCCCACCUUCUGCCAUCUCUGCCAUGAGCAGCAGGGGCAUGGAUGUGGUGGCUGCUCUGCAAAGCCUCUUCACUGUGUGCGGUUGGAGGUUGGAUUGCAGCCUAAUGGAUUUUAUCACUGUGAUGUUAAUAAGAGAUAGGCAGUCCUUUAAAGCACCUCUAAGAUCCUUUAGCAAGUAGGCAGUGAAGACAAGAAGAGUGAAAAUACUAUGGAUACCCAGUUGUGGUAGCUUGAUUGUAUGAUAGAAAUGCAGUUGUGCAAUGGGUCUUCUGGUUUCUCUUUCACCUCCUCCGGUCCCCCAUACACCCCCAAAAUCCACUCUGAAAUGUCCCCCAACCUUCUGGAGCAGAGUUUGGUGGUGCACAGGGGAACAAGGAAGGAAAAACACCUUUUGCAUGAGUGGAUGCCUUUUCACGCUAUGUUGAAUUGCACCUUAUAUAGUUUCCUCUGUCUGCUGCCCUCUUCCUUUGCUCUGAUUGCCCACAUUUCCAGGCAAUUUUGUUCUUCAUUUAUUGUACUACAGUAGAGGCUUCUAAUGUAGUUGGUUGUCUCCCCAUUCCAAUUAUUGUGCAGUAUACAAAAUCAUAUUCACUAUACAUUUCUGUAAGCAAUAUUAAUUAGUACCCAAGGUGAACAGGAACCAACAGGGAGAGCGGGGUGCAAUUCGGGAACAGAAGGUGGUAGAUAUGUGAUCAGAAAAGAACAAAUGCUCUUCCAGGCUGAGAGGGUGAUAAAAUGGCAAGAGAAGUAGUCCCCAACCUCACGUUGCCUGUUCAAAACGAACAAGCCCAAAACAAUGUCCUUGAUGGAUAGGGUUGCAUGUAUUGGCUUGUUUGGGCUUCACAUUUAAGUUGUUAACAUUUUAUUUCUAUUAGAAUGGUCUUCCAUUUGGAGGCAAGUUACAAAAUGUCUUUGGGAAAAAUGGAUUUGGGUUUGAAAACAAUCAUACCAUUGAUGGAUUGAAAAAGGUAGUUGAUAUUGGAAGAUUAGACCACUUGCCUAAUGGGCCAUCUCUUCCAAGAGCUCAUGCAGCAGCUGGAAUGGCUAUAGAAGAAUUAAAGAGGCAUGCCGAUAUGAACAAACAGAUUCCUAAUGCAGAAAAUGUAUGUGAGACUCCAGGACUUCAGGCUCCACAGCCCAGCGCUGUACUUUCUCAGAAUGACUUCAAAGGUUUAAUCUCAUCCUUUUUGCAAGAGCAAGGAAGUGAAAACCCAAACGCACACAACUCCAUGCUGCUGCUUCCACUCCUUCAAACGGUAUGCGGUCAAGUAAAUCGGUUACGAAUAGAUGAAAGGAAUAAGCACUGUGAGAACAGAUCCGCAUCUGAGGAGGAUGGGAUUCAGACUUUUGGGUGAGUCCUGACUGCGGAACUUCGCAAACUACUUUUACUUUGGCAAUUUUACUAGUGGCCAGAGGAAGAAAGGGAGGGAAGGAGGGGGCAGUUGGGAUCCAGGUCACCAGUAAAUAAAAGCGGGUAGUACUGAAUAGUGUGGGGAGUAAUAGUUCAGGAGUCCCACUGACGGGACAGGAGCAGCUGAGCUGGAGGGGACUCUCCUUAACCUGGGAGUUCCGGUUUCCCCCUUCAGCUGGGGGGAUCUUCUGUCCUUUAGAGGCGUUGCUGCGUUGGAGGGCUGCAAGUCUAACUCUGCAGUUUCCUGGGAGUAAGCUCCAAUUCAUUCAGUGGGACUUGCCUCUGAGUAGACCAUUUCUUGUAGGCUUUGCUUUUGGGGUUGAGGGUGUUUGGGGUUGAAGGUGAGCAGAGAAGAGAAGAAAAGACAAUUUGGCUGGGCAUUUCCCCCCAGCAGUUUCCAUUGCAGUGAACCAAUGCUCUGUAGGAAUCUUUUAUCUUUGCUCCAGGGGCUUAGAAAGGGAACCAGGGGUGUGUGGAUGUGAAGAGAGGGUGGUUUUUAUUAUACAGCUCUCUUUGUCUGAGGUGCACAGGUAGGACGCCUCUACCCCUAACACAUAACAAGGCAGAAGAUGACUGAGGCACUGAAAUUAAGGACUGUGACACUAAAGACUUCUGGGGUUGACGGUGAAUGUCAUAAUUUGGAUGCUAACUAAAGCUGUGUGCAUUGAGUAAACUAGCCCAGUAGGUGGAGGAAAAAAACCUGUUGCCCUGCUGUACUAGUCAACUAAUUGAAGGGACACAGUUUUGAUUUUAAGCACAUCCUGAGUGGAGUCUGUAUAGUACGGUCCACAUUUAUUCAGGCUGUUUACUUCCUAAGGUGUGGAGCUGCUGUAGUUGUUGUGCUGUCAGAGUAGGCCUUUCAGGUAGAAACUCAGCAAAAAGAGCAAGAGGGCUCCCAGAGACAGUAGAGACAGCGUACUUCCAACUAGGGUGACACACAUUGGCUUCUAAAGGGUGUUUGUUGAAAGUUAAGAACAUUGCCACUAGCAAUUUAAAAGGGGUAUUUAAAAUGAGAGUUGUCAUAGUGAUUUGUGGUUAAAAGUAGAAGAUGGCAAAUGUCUCCUCUUUUUUCCUCUUCAAAAUAUGGCAACCCUAUACUUAGAAUGAAAAGAUGAAUAGUUAUAAUUUCUAAGUUUGCGUUGUUAACUGUACAGUUCAGAAUUAAAUCAUAUUAGGUGUUAAUUAACAUAGUCCAGAAACACACUGACUCAGUGCCUUGCCUUCUGUUGAGACAUUUUAAUUUCAUGUAGUUAAUAUUCACAGUCAGUUAUAUUUUGGGCUGGAGUAAAUUAUUUCUUGUGUGUCCAUUUACUGCAGCUUGGAACAGCAGCCUGUUUUUCUGCACAUGGAAAAGGUCAUCACCAGAAACAUGGAACUGAUGGAGAAGAGAUUGAUGGACCAUAUUGAUCUGCGUAUGCAGAAACUUCAGGAACAUCUGGAUCAUAAAGUUGCUGCUCUGUUUGAUUUGGUUCAGAAUUCCAAUAAUGUUUCAAAAGAACAUGAUUCUGAAGAAUGCUCAGAUGGGAAGAGGUAA